ACAUUGAGUUAUUGAUGUGUGGUUUCACCGAAGCCGUAAACGUUCUCUUUCUUUGACCCGAGAAGACUGUGGGAUUUCAGCGCGUCUUAGGCGAGUUAAGGCUGCAUGAUUGGUAAUCCUAUUAAAGGAUAGAUCCUUGUGAAGCUUUCAAAUACCUUUUGCUAGAGAAUCAUACUAUUGUUGAAGGUUGACCAUGGAAGGCCUUACAGCGUUUGUGUCAAAUUUUGAAGAGUGUGGACGUCUGGGGAACUUGCUCAACAAAGAGAUACAGUGCAUUUCCUCGAGUCCCAAGAACGAGCCCGAAAAGCCACCAAGUGCGAAAGUCGUCCUGCCGUUCAGUAUAGAGGGAAUCUUAGGGUCGAGAAUCCAAAAGACGAAGAGUGAUCCCGAAAGAACUGAGAGACGUUCAGCAUCUUUGAAACCUGGUAUUGAGCCCACAAUUAAGAGCAGCGUAUCACAAAUCAAAGCACCACGCAAUAGAAAGAACUUCACAGGCGAUCAGCUACGAGACUUGGAGAGACUCUUUGAGCAGACGCACUACCCUGAUGCGAUGACGAGGGAGGGCCUGGCCAAAAAACUCGGACUUUCCGAAGCUAGAGUACAGAUCUGGUUCCAAAACAGACGAGCUAAAAGCAGACGGCUCGAAGGACCAAACCAGCGGGGAUUCCUCGUCCCAGCGACCACAUCGGAUGAGAAAUACCCGUCAUGCAAGCCAAGCGCCGAUUCCUUGAGUUUCGCGCCAUUCACGUACCCUGCCUACACACGUGACUCGUACUACGCGUGCCCGAGCGCAUGCUCAGUAGCACUCCCUGGGGUCGAGGCUUGUUCGUGCAAGACUCCGAACUCUCUUCCCCCAUUUUUGUUAGAUUUACACCGGAAGUCAAGCAUUGCAGAUUUACGGCAGAAGGCCGCGCGCAAUCAGUCUGUUGUCUGAUUUUCGGUCAUCCCUCUGCAAUGAAGAAAAUGCAUGAAUUGUGAGGACAGAAGUUAAAGGUCGGAGUCUGAAGUUUCGCCUGGACAUAUGAAGAAAACGUUGUCGUUUUGGGGGUCUGGUACCGAGAAAACUUAGUCUCUUUCCAGGGACCUUCUCAACUAACUAAAGAUGGUCACAGUAACUGUUUUUCUCUUCUGGUUACAAGUAAUAAAGUUUACGAAGCCCUUGGGGUACGCUCACCUAAAGAAUUACAAGAAUCAUUCAGAUUUUCCAAAUAAGGAAUAUAUUAGUUUCCUUAUAUGAAAGUGACCGCGUUUGACAAAAACGACAAUCUUGGGCUCAAUUUGCUUGAUAUGGUUUGUUACUAUUACUCUCAGAGAUUUAUUCAAGAAUGGAUAAUUAGGGAGAAUAGAAAUCUCCCUAUGUUAAAAAUCAGUAAUGGUUCGAUCAUUUGGUAUCGGGCGGUCAGUUCUAGCCCCUACACCCAGAAUAAACAAUCUGUUAUACAUACUGUUAUACUUUCCACUUGAUAUGAAAUGGCAUGAAAAUGGUCAAUCCCUUCAGUAUUCUACUCGCAAGGGCGGAUCCUAGAGUUCAAAAUAGGGGGGGGGGAUUUCUUUGUCUUUUGUGGAUUUCCUUAUAUUUCUUAUUUUUUCAAGCCAAAUAUCUGAAAAUAGGGGGGGGGCGCUCGGCCCACCCCUAGAUCCGCCCCUGACUUGAAUCAAUGCCGCAAUAUCAACAGAAUAAGCUAUAAGCUUGAGUGAGUAAUACGAUUAUUUUUGUGUUGGCACUGUUAUUUAAAGUGGCAUUAAUUUAAGGGAUAGUAAGUAAAAAGUCAUAUCCUAAUGGCA